AGGCCCAGGACGAGUAUAAAUACAUGGACAAGGUCCUCUCAUUCCAACCUAGAACAUCCAAGCCCAAGCAUUUUUCUUAUAAGACUACCCUACAAAACAAGAUGUACAUCUUCUCAGCCAUCACCGCUCUCCUCUUGAGUGCCUCACCGGCCAUUGUCUCCGGGGCCUCUAUUCCUGAUCCUCUAGAACGACGAGACUACUGUGGCACGCUCACCACGUUCGCCGAGUCGGACGCCGUUGCCCUGGCAAAUUCGCUCCAGAAUGCUGAAAAUGCUAAUGGGGAAAUGAAAUAUGUUCCCGCCCAUAGCUAUCAAGAGUGGGACUGGGGAAGUGCAAGGCUUUGUGUCUGGAACGAUUACAUAGCCGAAAACACGCAUGUUUCGCUGUGGGAGGCUGGAUGGGCAGCCGGAUAUAUUAAUAAUAAGUGUUGCAAAGGGUCUGAAUGCACUGGAGGAGAAGCCACUGCUCAUGGCGAUAGCGGACUCCGUCUUAGGGUUGUCCUGAAGGGCACGAGCGAGUCCUGUAUGUAGAGAGGUUAUCUUCUCUUGCUACCUACUCGCUAUGGAUUACUAGAAUCAGCAGUAUAUAAACAUCCGAGAAAGAAGUGCGAGAAAUUAUUACUGAGGUCGGUCUGAGAGUCUAGGGACAUAGUCGCCUGUGGAAGUUGAGAAAAGGGGUUAAACUGACGGUAAAGAAAUGGCAGUGACGGGCCAAGGAGUAUAUAAACGCCGUGCAUGAUAUGGGAACUAUUAGUCAUCGAACAGCAUGUAGUUACCUAAAUUUUUAGUGUGUACAACGAGAGCCAUGAUUGCUGUUAUG